AUGGGUCAAUCAAUCGUUGGAUAUUUCACCACUCCGAUUCUCAAACAAAUUGAAGAUAAACAACGUGAUGCAGCCAUUCAACAACAAUUACUAAAACUCAAGACACUGAAAAGGAGAAGAGAUUUUGAAAUUGCCACACCUGAUUUUUCAUACGGAACAAAAGCAAACAGAAUUAAUUUGGAAGUUCAAAAGAUUUUAAAUGAGGAAGAACACCAUUGGUUUAAUGAGCCAAUGGAAAUUCCAGAAUUACUUAAACCACACUAUCACAAAAUGUUUGAGGAACACAAUAAGAAACUAGAAGAAAUGGGAAAGAUCGGAACAGCAUCAAAUCAAGAAGAUAUUACAAGCUUGUUGAUGGAUAAAUUAAAGAAUUCGUUAAAUCAUUCAUUAUCUAAAGAACAAGAGCAAGAAUUAUUAGUCAUGUUUCAAAUGUAUGCGAAGGAAAAUAAAGUUUCAUUGAAGGAUAUGCACAGUUUAAUUCGAUCAAAUAUCGGAGUUGUGAUGGAUAUUGAAGAAUUGAUGGAUUUAGUUCAAUUUUUCUCACCUGAAAGUAUGGUUGAAGCUUUGAAUAAUGAAAGUAACGAAAGAAAAGUUGAAAAGAUUAAAGUAGAUUUUCCAACUUUUAUUAAAUGUAUUAAUACUAGAUUCCUUGAUGAGAAUAGAUUAACCAAAGAGGAAAUUCAUGAUUUAUAUUUGAAGGAAAUUUUCAACUUGUUGGAUGCUAAUCAAUCGGGAACAAUCGGAAAGGCAGAAAUAUCUCACUUUUUCUCUAGAACAUUGGGAGAGAAUUUAGUUGAGGAUCAAAUUGUUGAAAUGUGCCAUUUUGUAAAUAAUAAUGCAGGAAUUCAUCAAACAAUAACAUUCGAUGAAUUAAAAUUAUUUGUCAAGGAGAAAUUAAACAUUAAAUUGUAA